UUCACCUGCAGCCUGUGAGGACAACACAGGCCAGACAGGUGUGUGAGGAGGGUCUGUCUUCAUUUUGUGAACAUGGGUGGACUUGCAGUAUGAGGACGCCUGGAUGCACAAGGAGACGGAUGGAUGGAGGAACAUAUCGUGACAACAUUGGACCCAUCUAUCUGAAAUGCUUGCCAAGAGAUUAAUGGAAUCUGUGUCACAUGAUCACUACACCUCCUCAACUUCUGCAGGACAGCAUGCAGCGCCAGUGUGAGUGACAGUGAGUGUGAGCCAAUGAACUUCACACCAAACCCGACUCUUGUCCCAGACAGGGACAGCCUCCCACUCAAAAAGAGGGACCAAAGACAGAGCACACCACAGCAGCAGCAGCAGCAGUGUGAUGCUGCAACAUUCAAGGUGCCCUACCCUUACAAGAGCCACAGUGAGUUUAAGAUAAAACACACCAGCCCGUUCCAGCCCGUACCAAGACGGGUUCCUGCACUCUAUCAACCAUGGAUGCAGACACAUGCAUCCACCAGGUCCAAACCUCACGUCCUCUCAGCGUUCAGGGAGCAUCAUGGCUGGGCAGAGUGGAGGGAGUUCAACCCCCUGCAUCCUGGAUGGGACUUUUCUCACCACUAUCAGCACCACGGUCACUUGCCCAGCCACCACAGAGAAAUCAGCCUCCACCCGAGCCAUUCACACCACCCCUCCAGAUUCAACCCAGUCUCCCCGGUCACUGAGGGUUUCCAUUGGGUGGGUGGAGAAUACAGCUGGGAGCAGCUCAAGACAUUAAGGGACAAGAGUUUUAUCACAGAGAGGCAGAGCAACGGGAGGAAUAAAGGACCUUAUAUGAGAAGAAAAGACAGAAGAGACGAGUAUUUUCCAAGAGUUGAAAAACCAAGUCCUCCAUCGUUGAGUACAUACCUACCUCACUCUCCAUAUGGGGACCUUACACUGCAACAUGAUUUGUUGCACAAAUCAACAAAGGUUCUCAAACAUCCUGCUUCUGGACCGUCAUUACAUUCCUUCAUAAGAGUUUCUCCUGAUAACUUAAACAACACAUGCACGUCCACAACAGAGGAUGCAUCAAGAUCUCCUGCCCUCCCCUCCUCCGAGCGAACCAAUGCCUCCUCAUCCUCCUCUUCCUCCUCUUCCUCUCCGAACCGUUUUCCCUGGCUGCUCCCUCACUUUGUGGCCGGCUCUCUGAUCGAGCUCAGGGACGGGCGACUGAGAAGGGUGGAACACCUGCAGACGGAGGAUUUCCUGCUUGGUUCACUGGCCUGUCCAGACUUGCGCCUGAGCUGUUGCACAGUGCAGAGCAUCUCCCCCUCUGCCUCCCCUUCUUCCAUCUCACGCCUCCUCAUCCUGUUGCAUGACCAGCAGUCCCAGGAGUUGGUGGACGUCUAUGUGGAGUAUCCAUUCUUUGUGCGUGGACAGGGCUGGUCCUCCUGCAGCCCUCAGAGAACUGCCCGUCUCUGUGGCCUGCAGUGCCGCCAGCUCAGUGUGGGGGACGUCUGCCUGGCUCUCACCCCUGUCUCAGCCCCCCAGCCUUCACCGUCAGCCACCCCGGAGGCUGAAACCUCACCCAGGAAAUCAGAGGGAGAGUGUGGGUCUUUAAAGGCAUCAAGCCCCCAGGUUCCCCCAGGGCCAGAGAGUCCAGCCAGGGGGCAGAAGAAGGAGGCAGAGGCAGUCCGGAGGAGACACUAUUCAGCCCCUGAGCUACGAGGUCCAGGCACCAAUUGCAUAUAGUGAAGAGGGGAGCAAGUCAGUCUCUUUUAAGCUCUGCUAUAUUCAGCCUAUAUUUAUUGUCUCUCUACCUCCUAAAUCCUUUUUCAGUGCUUGAUUGUGUUUUGAAUUUGUAUCUGAGGAAAAAGAGCUAAAGAGGAAAGAUCUCAGGAUCCCCUAGAGGUAAACUUAUAUUAGCACUGUAUUUAUCAAGGUAAGUCAGGGAUCAUAUACUGACUAUGUGAGUUGAAUCUGAGUUAAACAUUACAUUUUCAGUAAGCUUGAGCAAAGAGCAAGUCAUGACAGAAUUCACAUGUUGAAAAGCUCUUCAGUACAGUUUUGUGAGAAACUGGGGGAACCUAGGUGUAAAUCUUUGUUGCCAUAGAGAGAAACCCUAGAGCUGUUCCAGUGACAAUGAACUUGAGAAAGAUCUUGUAGGCUCAAAGAAUAUUGGUUGAGUUUAAAGUGAGCGUUCAAAUGAUUGCAAGCAGUUCUGACAAAAUCAGCCCACAUUCCUUGAAGAGCACAGAAAGCUUCUCCCUCAGGUCUUUCACUGCUGAUGAUAUCAUUUAGAGUUUAUCUCUCUUCUGCCUAAUAUUAUGUAAGAGUUCUUCAUGAACCCACAUGAUAGAUUUCAUUCCAAAUUAAUGCAAUUCAUUAUUCCUCAGUUUAAGUGAAUAUUCACAUUGACAAUCAACUCUCUUUCUGAUUGUAUCAGCAAGAUUUAGUGCUCUAAAUCUUCUACCUCUAUUUUCUAUUUAAGGUAAAAAUCUGUGUUUGGGCAGUGUUGUAAUAUGCUAUGCUGGAAGCUUUCAGCUUCUCGGUGAAUGUCAGUGUGAAUGCCUCAUUUGCUUGGUUGUUACAGCAUAUAGCAGCUUUGCUUUUUGUACUGAUGCCCCUUUUAAAAUGUUUGUCCCAAUAUUAAAAGUGGAGAUGCUUGUGUUAUUCUAAGUACUCUAAGGGCACAAUUUGUGAAUGGUGUACAGUGCGAUACAUGGUUCACAUUUUGACAAUCAGCUGAAUGUGAGAAAAUUUAAAUGUGGACCACAGGGACUCGAUCUGAUGUCAUAGUCAGAGCACACAGGUGGCUGUACAAACA